AUGCCUCAGAAAGUGAAAACUCCCAAAAUGAAUUCUUCUACCUCAUCCUCUAAAGUCACAGGGGUAGAAAAUACAUUAAAAGAGCCGGAUGAUGAUGAUAUGGAGUGCAAAGAGCUAGAAGGUUUGAAAGAAGCCUUGGAGAACCUCCGCGGUCUAUCUAGUGAGGAAAAAAAUGAAAAAGCUCUGUUACGUUCCCGCCUCCAGGAGCAGUCUCAGCUCAUCUGCAUCCUGAAGCGCAGGGCUGAUGAGACGCUAGAGCGCUGUCGAGUCCUGGAGCAGCUCAACACGGAGCUGGAGGAGAAAAGGAUGAGGGACGCGGAGAGGCUGGAGGCCCAGACCCAGCGCACGCUGAAGCUGGAGGCCCGCUUCAUGGACCUGGCCGCCAACCACGAGGAGAUGAUCCGCUUCAAGGACGAACACAAGAGGCAGAAUGUGAAACUGAGAGAGGAGAACGAAAUCCUGAGGAGGGAGAACAGGGAACAUUUCAGCCAAGCCCUGAAGGACCAGGAGGCCAAAGUGUGUCAACUCACAGCCCAGGGAGAGAAUUUGUCCAGAGAGCUAGAGGCCCUGAAGGGGAAAUGUGCUGAAGACACCAGCCGCGCCAAAGCCCGAGAGAAGGAGCUGAUGGACCUGCAGCACCAGCAGGCCAACUCCCACGCGAAGGAAACCAGCUCCCUCCAAAGCCAGCUCCAGACCCUGGAGGAGCUGCACCGGAAAGCCCUGGCGAAGAUGGCCAAGGCCGAGGAGAAGCAGAAGGGCUUGAACUCCGAGCUGAGCAGCCGGCUGGAAAAAGUGACCAAGGAGAAGGAGGAGCUGCUGCAGCUCUCCAUGGAGAGGGGCAAAGAGCUUCAGAACAAACAGCUGGAGAUCCAGCAGCUGGAGGAGAAGCUGGAGAUGGCGGAGACAGCCCGAAAGAACGCGCUGGAUCGUUUUGAGCAGGAAGCCGCCACCGUGAAUAGCAGCCUGAGAGUUCAAGAGCUGGGCCGAAAGGUGGAGGGAAUCCAGAAGGCCUAUGAUGAGCUCUGGUUGCAGUCUGAAGCCUUCAAAAAGCACAGUCUGGAUCUUUUAACCAAGGAGAGGGAACUCAACGCCAAACUCCGACACCUUUUUCCAUAA